AUGAAAACAUUUUAUGAGGCAGCCGACCGGGUUGAAGGCGAGGAUAUCGUGGUGCAGCUGGACAGCGCGAGCCCGCGCGCCGCGGCCGCGGCGCGUGACGAGGCCCGCGCCGCGGAGCUCAACCGGCGGCUCGGCGAGCGCAUUCGCGCCGCCACAUCGUGGGACGAGCUCGUGUCGGUGCUGCAUGAGCACGGGGACGACCUCAACUACAUCAACGUGGCGCUGCUGGCGGCGCGUGCCGGCGAGCUGUUCCCUGGCGCUUCCGAGCCCCCGCCGUCGGCGGCGUCGCAGCAGCAUGACCAGCAGCAUAACCAGCAGCAGCAGGAGCAGCAGCAGCAGAAGCAGCAGCCGCCGCAGCAGCAGCAGCAAGCAGACUUGGACCGCAUCGCCGCCCUGGUGCUUGAGCGCGCCUCCUGGUUCCAGGCCUCCCACUUCGCCGCGUCGGCCUGGGGCCUCUCCUCUGCGGGGCUAAAGGCACGCGGCUUCUGGCGGGGGUUCUGCGGCGCGUGCGAGCGGAAGCUGCCUGCCCUCACCUUCGCGCAGCUGGGGGCGGUCCUGUGCGCCUCCGCGAGCAGCGAGUACGUGCCGCCCCUGCACUGGGUGGAGCGCGCCUACCGCCAGGCCAAAAAGCACAUCCGCGCCGCGGAACCGGAGCCGCUCGCCCGCCUGCUGUGGGCGUGGGGCGAGUGGGGCUACAGCCCCCGCGACCGGCCACUGGUGAACCACAUCAAGAUGCUGCUGCGGCGCAUGUUCAAGGCGCGGGCGCUGGGCGGGCGGGGGCUCGUCAUGGCGAUGCGCGGCGUGGCGCGGCUGGAGCCAGAGUACUGGCCCAACGCGCGAUGGAUGGGCGCGUUUGUGGCGACGUCCCGGCCGCACCUCCAGAGCCUGCCGCCAGGCGACGUGGUUGAGCUGCUGCUGUCACUGGCGGCCAUGGGCCACCGCCCCCAGGCUGUCUGGGUAGACGCAGCCCUGGAGCGCCUGCAAGCCGCCAUGCUCGCCGGCGCCGGCGCUGGCGCCGCCGCAGGCGCGCCGCAGCUGCGCUCUGCAGUAGCUGGGGCCGCGGCGCUGCCUGGCCCCGGCGGCGCGCGCGCGGGGGGGCAGGAGGCGGCGUGGUUGCUGCCUGAGGCUGCGGGGCCCGGGUUUGGAGGUGAUGCCGGGGUGGAGCAGGCGGAGCAGUUGCUUGACCUGGCGCUUGAAGCUGGCGGCAGCAGCAGCGGCGGCAGCGGCGGCGGCGGCGGCGGCAGCGCGGCGUCCGCACGUGGGAGCGUCGGCUACCGCCUGCCCCAGGCGGCCGCGGCCGAGUGGGCAGACGAGGGCGACGACGAGGGGGAGGAUGGCGAAGCAGAGGAUGCGGGCGCGCCGCGGCGGCGGCGGCCGGCGCAGUCAUCUGGCAGCGGCGCGGCCGCACGCCUGCAGCAGCGGGGGCGAGGCGACGCGUGGCAGGCAGCAGAGGACGAGGUGCAAGAGUGGGCAGAGGGGGAGGACGAUCUGGAUGAGGAUGACGAGGCGCAGGAUUUUGACGUUGAUGGCGACACGUGGCCGGAGGAGGCUGAAGAUGAGGAGGAGCAGGAGGGGGACAAUGAUUCUGAUCUGGAUUCGGCCAAAGGGGGCGCCCCGGCGCCGGCGGCCGGCGUGCUGGCGCCUGCAACGGCCGUUCGACCAGCGGGCGCCCAGGUGGCACCAGGCGUGGAGGGAGCCCAUGCGGCGGAGGCAGCGGCCGAGGCCCUGAAGCCGCUGACGCCGCGCCAGCUGGCGGUCGUGGCCUGGUGCCUGGGGGCCCUCGACUUCGUGCCGUCCCAGGCGUGGCUGCAGGCGUUCAACCGCGCGCUGCUGCUGGCGGCGGACGGCCUGGGGCCGGAUGAGCUGGCGGACGUUCUGCACGGGCUGGCCGGCAUCGACGCCCCGCCCGGCCCCGCGCUGCAGCGCGUCCUGCUGGCGCGCGCGCGUGACGCGCUGCCGCAGAUGGGGGCGGAGGCUCUGGCGCGGGCGUGCGCGGCGCUCGUACGCCUCGGGAUGCGGCCGGCGGCGGCCGACGCGGCGGGCGCGGGCGCGGGCGUGCUGUCCGCACCAGCGCGGCGGCGGCGGCAGCUGCCAGUGGAACAAGCGGGGCCAGGCGGCAGCAGCGGCGGCGGCGGCGCGGCGGCGCAGGCGGCGACGGCGAGCAAUGGCUGGGGAGAGGCGCUGGAUACAUGCAUCUUACGCCUCGCGCCGCGCAUGACCACCUCGCACGUCGCUGAUGUUCUGGGCUUCGCCGCCUGGGCGGGCCUCGCGCCGUCACCCACGGCCGUGUCGGCCGCCGCCGACGCCGCCCUCUUGAACGCGGCCGCCGCGCACCCCUCCGCGCUCGCCGGCGUGCUGUGGGCGCUCGGCGCGCUGGCCUACAAGCCGCCGCCCUCGCAGCUGCACCCGCUGCUGACCGCGCUGCAGCCGCGGCUCAGCGUGCUCGGCUGCAGGGACGCGGCGGACGCGGCGUGGGCGCUGUGCGUGCUUCGGCACCGGCCGGGCGCCAAGUGGCUGGGGCUCUUCAUGGGGGAGGUGCUUGGGAGGGCGGCUUAUAUGACCCUGGAAGAGCUGACAGACACGCUGUGGGCCCUCGCGUGCUUCGGGGCGCGGCCAGACGGGGAGUGGCUGCGCCGCGUAGCCGCCGCCGCGGGGGCCCGGCUGCGGGCGGCACCAGCCGGCGGCGGCGGCGGCGGCGGCGGGGACGGCGGGUGGGGCGGCGCGGGCGAGGAGGCGGGGCUGGACCCUGGGAAUGCGGCGGUUAUGGUGUGGGCGCUGCGCGAGCUGGGGUAUCGUGGGGAGGGGGACAGCGGGCUGCUGGACGGCUUGGAAGCGGCACUAGCAGCGGCUGGCGACACUGGGUAA